AUGCUGUCAGUUUUGAGAGAGUGCAUCAUUGGAGAAAUCAGGAGUGCAGACUUUGUCUCCAUCCAGGCUGAUGAAACAAUGGACAUUUCCACUCAGUGUCAGCUGGUGCUUGUGAUCCGCUACAUUGACAAAGCCCAUCAUGUCCAAGAGAGGUUUUUUGAGUUCAUACCUCUCCAAAAUGCCACAGCUGAUUCCAUCACCACAGCACUUCUGGAUAGGUUGAGCUCCAUUCUCCCUGAUGACCAGAAGAGCAAGCUCAUUUCCCAAGCAUACGAUGGUGCAAGUGUCAUGAGAGGAGCCAAAGGUGGUGUACAGAAGAAGGUCCAAGACGUGUAUGUGAAUGCACACUAUGUCCAUUGCUAUGCUCACCAACUUAACCUCAUCAUGCAGCAGGUGACUUCCCAUAUCCCAAAAGUGAGUAAUUUCUUCUCAGACCUGGCUGGAUUCUCUAGUUUUUUUUCAAGAUCUCCAAAGAGAACCAGCGUGCUCGAUAGAGUGGUGGCCCACAGACUCCCAAGAGCAAGCACAGUGAGGUGGAACUUUCAUAGCCGAACUGUGAACACUGUUUUUGAGCACAAAGAAGACCUGCUCCAGUGUUUUGAAACCAUCAGGGACUCAGGAGAGUUUGAUCCUAUCACUGUGAGAGAAGCUGGAGGGUUUGUGAGGCUGCUGGAGGAUGAUAGUUUCAGCUUCUUCCUGAAACUGUUCCAUCUCAUCAUGCCUAAUGUGGACAUUCUCUACAACCAGCUCCAGAAGCGGACCAUUGACUCAGUCUUUGUUCAGGGAAUCAUGCAGCAGUUCACAAACAACAUACAAAAGAUCAGAGAUUACCUCCCUACUCUCUGUGGAGAACACAGUGGCAGUGUAUCUCAGCUGGCCAAGAAACGCCGCACACUGGGCCCAGAUGAUCUUCAGAGGCUAGCCACAGAGGCAGACAGAUUCCAGCAGUACCGCAGCCAGUUCCCUGAAGCAGCACUGAACACCACCAUGGAGGCUUACCCACUGCUGAACAAGAACAAGCUGAAAACUGAACUGGCUCUCAUCUACAGCAACGAUAAGUUCAAGAGCUGCAGUGGUGCUGUGGCUCUGUACCAGCUCUUCAUGGGGAACAAUCUUCAGGACACCUUCUCAGAGACUGUGGCGCUGCUGAAGAUCCUCAUCACAACUCCUAUGACCACAGCUGAGUCUGAGAGGUGCUUCUCAACACUGAAGAGAAUCAAGACCUUCCUCAGGAACACAAUGUCACAGGAUCGUCUUAAUGCAUUGGCCAUGCUCUCUAUGGAGAAGAAUCUUGUCAAAACCAUCCCUGACUUCAACCAAAGAGUCAUUGAGAAAUUCGCUGCUGUCAAGGAUAGAAUGGCAAAAUGUGACGACGGAGAUAAGAAGGCUUUAGACAGCUGUUUGCUAGAACCUCACUGCACACCACUCACUGAGGCUUUGGGCAAUCUGUAUCCAAGUGAAGCCCAGACCCAGAGCCUGCAGCUCUGCAUUGUGAAUCUGUUUCUGCAGCCAUCGUAA